UUCAAAAUGUAGAUAAGGAAGAAGUAGCUGAGAUGCCUCUAUCACCAGCUAACUAACUCUUCAUUUUCUCUCUCUCGCAUUUAGUUCUUGGCCGAAGGGAAAAACAAGUUCCAAUUGGGUGUGGCUGUCGUCAAAGAAGCUGCUUUUUGGCGUGGUUAGCAGCGGGAGUCAAGGGGAUUAAUUGCCAGACAGACAUGGCUGCAACAAUUAAAAAGUGCAUGAUGCUGUGUUGUAUCAGCAAGACUGUGUCGAAGGAAGACAUGGCAGGACAGUCUUACGAAGAAGCCAUUGCAGAGCUGAAGAAGCUUCUCAGUGAGAAAGCUGACCUCGGGGGCGUUGCCGCCGCAAAGAUCAAGCAGCUGACAACCGAGUUGAGCGCCGCCGGUUCAAAGCAGUUUAACCCGGACGAGAGGAUGCGAGCCGGCUUCACUCAAUUUAAGAAAGAGAAAUUCGAGAAGAAUCCAGAUUUGUUUCGGGAACUUGCCGAAGGCCAGAGCCCAAAGUUUUUGGUAUUUGCAUGCUCAGAUUCCAGAGUUUGUCCGUCGCAUGUACUGAAUUUCCAACCGGGUGAGGCUUUUGUGGUGCGAAACAUCGCCAACAUGAUCCCACCUUACGAUAAGACUAAAUAUUCAGGAACAGGAGCAGCCAUUGAAUAUGCAGUGUUGCAUUUAAAGGUGGAGAAUAUAGUGGUGAUUGGACAUAGCUGUUGCGGAGGUAUAAAGGGGUUAAUGUCGAUCCCAGAUGAUGGGACCACUUCAAGUGAAUUUAUCGAGCACUGGGUUCAAAUCUGCAAUCCGGCAAAGUCCAAGAUUAAAGCAGACACAAAAAGCUUGAGUUUCUCGGAGCAGUGUACUAACUGCGAGAAGGAAGCAGUGAAUGUGUCGCUUGGAAAUCUGCUGAGUUAUCCAUUUGUGAGAGAUGGGGUCGUGAAGAAAACACUUUCACUAAAAGGUGCUCAUUACGAUUUUGUUAAUGGCAACUUUGAGCUAUGGGAUCUCGACCUCAAUAUUUCACCUCUUUCUUUUUAGACUUUGUAUUUUUGGUUUUCAAACCCAGUAAAAUUAUUACUGAUGUAUAUUAUAUAGUACUCUUUCUAAUUUCAAAGCUAUUUCACGAAUUGCUUGCAUGGCUCCCGAAGAUCCCAUGUGAGUUAAAAAAUAAUAAUUAUCUAUGAACUUGUGAACUGUAAAGGCACAAGAUUCCGCAAGCUUUUAUUUAUGUGCCCUUGUAUCCACAAGAACCAUUCUGAUUUCUUGUUAUAUAUUAUUGUUGCUUCUUCUGCCACAAA